AUGGCCACAAUCCUCGUCACCGGCGCCACAGGUAAACAAGGCGGUGCUGUGGUCCAGAAUCUCGUCAAGAAGAACGCACCCUUCAAGAUCCUCGCUCUCACCCGCAACACACAAUCAGCCUCUGCACAGAAACUCAUCAAGCUCUCCAAAAACAUUACUCUUCUACAAGGUGACUUGGAUAAUCCUGGCGAGAUAUUCAAGAAGGCACCCCAGAUAGCGGGGCCGAUUUGGGGUGUCUUCAGUGUUCAGGCCUCCGUCGGAAACAAAUCCGCCGAAGACGUCCAAGGCAAAGCCCUAAUCGACGAAGCCAUCAAAAAUGGCGUCAAACACUUUGUCUAUACCUCUGUUGAUCGCCAUGGCGCAAAAUCAAUCGACAACCCGACCAAAAUGCCCCAUUGGAUCUUCAAGUAUCACAUCGAGAGACAUCUGAUCGAAAAGACCAAGAAUGGCCAGAUGGAUUGGACUAUCUUGCGCCCGACGGCUUUCUACGAUAAUCUCACCCCGGACUUCAUCGGUAAAGUCUUUGCGACUUGCUUUAGGAUGUCGUUGAAGGGGAAGUCGUUGCAGAUGGUGGCUUGUAGUGAUAUAGGUGCGGUUGCGGCGGAAGUCUUUUUGAAUGCGAGGGAUUACAAGGGGAGGGCUAUCUCGUUGGCUGGUGAUGAGUUGACGUAUGAUCAGUUUGUGCGUAUUUUCAAGGAGAAGACUGGUCGGGAUAUUCCUACUACGUUUAGCUUUGUGGGUGCGGGUAUUAUGGGUAUGGUUAAGGAGUUUGGUUACAUGUUCAAGUGGUUCUAUGAUGAAGGGUAUGCGGCGGAUAUUGAGGAAGUGAGGAAGAUUCAUCCUGGACUGAAGGACUUUGGGACUUGGUUGGAGACGGAGAGUAAGUUUGAGAUGAAGUGA